AUGGCCGCCGUGAAGCCCUCGCCGCCGCCUUUGCCGGCGGGGACCGUCGUCGUGGUGCUCGCGCUCGUGCGCUCCGUCCUCGCCCUGACGCUGGCGCUCGGCCGCGUCCUGCUCGUCGCGGCCGAAGCGCUCCCCUACCUGGUCUUCGCGGCUCUGUGGGUCAUCUCCGCGGCCGCGGCUACCAAGGUCGUGGGGAGCCGAGCCUGGGACGAGGGCUCCGCCCCCGCCGUGUUUCUCCAGGCGCUCGCGGACGGGGCUCUCAAGGCCAGCUUCCUUGUCCUGCAAGCGCUUGGCGCCGUGAUGCUGUGCGGCCAGUUCCUGCUCUACGUGGCUGCAGCUGUAUCUGGAUCCGGUUCAGAGUUCCAGAAGAGAGCCCAUGGAGCUUUCAACCAGGAGUUGAUUAGGGGCGUUCCACCCCGCACCGCAGUCCUUGGAACGUUAGCGUCUACGCCCUUCGUCCUGCUAAUUUUAGCCGGUUCUCUGGUGGAAUGCAUGAUGUCGAAAAAGAUUGGUUCUGUGAUUGUGGAUGUGGGGAUAUAUGGCUCCAGUGCGAUACCUUGCUUUGUUGUCAUUCCAGCUGUGGUACUGAGUAACUGGAGGGAGGACCAGAUGUCAAAGAAAAACAUGACUCACCUUGCAGACUCUUGAGGUAUACCUUUCCCUAUAUACAGAAGCCAUAUUAUUUUCAGUUAAUGUGUAUAUCUUGUGCACAUUAU